AUGCAUGGGUUUAGAAGAGAAGGGAAACUAAAGGAAUCAUGUGAUGCCGUUGCCCAGAUGUUGCAGAAGGGCUUCUUUCCCACCACUGUGGAGAUUAACUUACUGAUACAUGCGUUAUGUAAGGAAGGAAAGCCGGCAGAGGCCAAAGACUUCAUGGAGCAGUGCCAAAGCAAAGGUUGUACCAUUAAUGUUAUCAACUUUACUACUGCAAUUCAUGGAUUUUCUCGGCAGGAGGAUUUGGAAUCAGCGUUGUCUUUGUUGGAUGACUUGUAUCUCAGCAACAGGCAUCCAGAUGUUGUAACUUAUACUGUUGUUGUCAAUGCUUUGGGAAAGAAAGGUCGGCUGAAAGAAGCGACGGAGCUUGUGAAGAAAAUGCUUAAUAGAGGAAUUGUCCCUACACUUGUUACAUACAGGACAGUGAUACAUAGAUACUGGAGAAGGGUAAAGUGGAAGAAUUACUCGAUCUACUGGAUAAGAUGUUAG